AUGCAUAUGGGUCAAUUACCUGGGCCCGAGCCCGCAUACAUUCCCUAUCCAGGCUACGCCACCUACCACCCGUACGGUGUGCAGCCUCAUUGGACGCGUGGUCCCGCGCCCCAAUACACGCCUGUCGUACCUUCGACUGAUGCGGGUGCUGGAGUUGCGCACCACGCGUUCCAAGCGGGACAAAAUGGUCAUUACCCCCCUGCAGUGGGUGAUGUCUCGCGCGCCACUCAGAUUGGCCAAUACCUACCGCCAGAUGUCGCUGCUCCCCCACCAGCGCGCACCCUAUAUCAUCAACACUUCCCAUCUAUUCCGGGAGGUGCUAACCCUCACGCAUAUGCUCCACCCAUCCCGCACCAGGGAAUUUUUAACCAGCAUCACGGGCCUGAGCUCUCAAUGGGCUCUGCUUCCUCGUCUCUCCCUCAAGCACCAAGCUGUCAAGUCCGUCGACGCUGCCAGGCCAAAAAAUCAACAACAAGCUUACACAAGAUAUACAGCGAUCCGCUGUUCAAACCCGUGGUUGAUGAAUAUGGUCAACCCACAGGGAAAUUUGUUUGCUCGAUAGACGGCGGGGAAAUUGGACCCCACGGCUAUCGUAAGCACAUGAUAUCCGACAAACACCAAGGCUCCAAACUAAAGAGAAUUAAAUGUUCUCUUUGUUUCAAAUCUUAUACGAGAGGUGAUUCGUACAAAAGACAUUUGGACAACGGCACGUGUAAACGGGCCACAGCUGUGGUCGCCCCGCCGUCAUACCCAGCUGGUGAAGACUCCGGAACUGUGGUCGCUCCGCCGUCAUACCCAGCUGGUGAAGACUCCGGAAGCUCUGCUUCUCCCGCACCUGUGGCAGCACCUACCAUAGUGUUUGCAUAUGCUUGCCCGUACCCUAGGUUUGCCCCGCCAAUGUCUCAAAACGCACAGAGUGGAACACCCAGUUUCACGACUUCUGUAACUGUCUCUCAACUAGAGGAAGAGGAAGAGGAAGAGGAAGAGGACGACUCUGAUUUUUGGGAGGCUAAUGAGAUUUAA